AUGGAGUACCGCUACUCAGAGAUCAUCGAUCCCAAUGUCUAUGAGACACAUGGGCUGGACAAUGGCAUUGCUCUCCGAGGGCACAAGGAGCCUAUGAAGGAAGUCCGCGGGGCACAGCGAGCUCAAGGCGACUGGUCCAAGCAUGUAAAGCCACUCGGCGACUACAAAGGCGGCCUCGGGGAUCGUUUUGGCUUCAUGCAGGUGACUGUUCCGGAAUGCUUGCCAGAGAGGCUCGAGAUCAUCUCGUAUGCCAACGAGUUUGCGUUCAUCUACGAUGACGAAAUGGAAAACAUGGACCUUGAGAACAUCUCAAAGGCACAGCCAGGCAUCCUCGAGGCCUUUUCUGGAAAGGGCGUUCUCGACAGCAGGACGGACAGCAGAUCACGCCCCGAGAAGCGGCUUCAAGCACAAAUCUUGAAGGAGAUGCUAGCCAUUGACCCCCCGCGGGCCAUCACGUCCAUGAAGGCGUGGGCGAGAUUCGUGCAGCUCGCAUCUCAGACCAGAGAGUCGCCGUUCCGUACGUUGGCAGAAUACGUUCCCGCGAGGGUGAUUGACGCUGGCGAGUUGAUCUGGUUCGGAACGCUGACCUUCGGGAUGGCCCUGACGAUCCCGGACGAAGAGUACGACCUCUGCAUGGAGCUGGCCCGGCCUGGAUACGCCGUCCUGGGCCUCACCAACGACCUGUACUCGUGGGAGAAGGAGCGGCAGGCAGCCGAGAGGGCGGGCCAGGACUAUGUCUUCAACGCCAUCUGGGUCAUCAUGAACGAGCAGCAGGUCAGCGAGGAGGAGGCCAAGGCCAUCUGUGCCGAGGAGAUCCGGCGGUAUGCGCGAGUCUUCUGCGAGAAUGUCGACGAGACGAAGCAGAACCUGGCGCUGUCGCGGGAUCUCCGCGCGUACGUCGAGGCCGUCAUGUACAGCUGCAGCGGCAACCUCGUCUGGAGCAUCUACUGCCCGCGAUACCACGAGCUGUAG